AUGGUGACAACAGUGACAACAGCGACAACAGUGACAAUGGUGACAACAGUGACAACAGGGACAAUGGUGACAAUGGUGACAAUGGUGACAACGGUGACAACAGUGACAACGGUGACAACAAGGAAAACAGUGACAACUGUGACAACAGUGACAACGAUGAGAACGGUGACAAUGGUGAGAACAGUGAACACGGUGACAAUGGUGACAACAGUGACAACAGUGACAACGGUGACAACAGUGACAAUAGUGACAAUAGUGACAAUGGUGACAAUGGUGACAACAGUAACAACAGUGACAACAGUGACAACGGUGACAACAGUGACAACGGUGACAACAUUGCCACCGCGACAACGGUGACAACAGUGACAACGGUGAUAACGGUGACAAUGGUGACAACAGUGACAACAGUAGCAAUGGUGACAACGGUGACAACGGUGAGAACGAAGAGAACGGUGACAACAAUGACAAUGGUUACAACAGUGACAUUGGUGACAAAGGUAACAACGGUGACAACCGUGGCAACGGUGACAACCGUGGCAAUGGUGACAACCGUGGCAACAGUGACAACGGUGACAAUGGUGACACAGUGACAACCGUGACAACCGUGACAACGGUGACAACAGUGACAACGGUGACAUCGGUGCCAACAGUGUCAAAAGUGAAAAGAGUGACAACGGUGACAGCGGUGUCAAUGCUGACAACCGUGACAAUGGUGACAACAGCGAAAACGGUGAGAACAGUGACAACAGGUGACAACAGUGACAAUGGUGAAAACAGUGACAACAGUUACAACAGUGAAAACGGUGACAAUGUUGACAACGGUGACAUCAGUGACAGCGGUGACAAUGGUGACAACGGUGACAAUAAUGACAACAGUGAGAACGGUGACAAGAGUGACAACGGUGACAACGGUAACAACAGUGACAACGGUGACAACGGUGACAACAGUGACAACGGUGACAACACUGUCAACAGUGACAAGAGUGACAACGGUAACAGCGGUGACAACGGUGACAAUGGUGACAAUGGUGACAACGGUGACAACA